GUGGUGUGCGGUGGCGGAGGACCUUCUUUGGUCCGCCCUACUUCCGCCACAACCUCAGCCGGUCACAUAUAAAGGGCCGGCGAGCCUCACAGCCUCCACUGUUCUCUUCCCUGAGCUCACAGGCACAGACAACAUGCUCCGAUUUGUGGUGCUUGCAGCCCUUGUGGCCGUCUCGGCGGCGCAGCACGGCCAGUACGUGCGUGGCCAGGACGCGGCCAUCCUGAGCGAGGCGCGUUACCAGAACGGAAACGGCCAGUUCGGUGCCGCUUACACUCAGGAGGAUGGAAUCGAGUUCAAGGAAGAGACCGACGCCGAUGGCACCCGCCAUGGCUCCUACAGUUACGUCGACCCUAAUGGUCAACGCCGCACCAUCUCUUACACCGCUGGCAAGGGAGGCUUCAAGGCUACCGGAGAUCACAUCCCCGUGGCCCCUCCUGCCCCCAAGCAGGCCGCUCCUCAGCCUCAGUACCAACCCCAGCCCCAGUACCAGGCUCCUGCCCAGCAGAACGAUUGGGACCAGACCGGCCAGUGGAACCCCCAGCAGGACGAGCAGUGGAACCAGCCCCAGCAGAAGCAGUGGGCCCAGCCUGCCGCCCCCGCCCAGCCCGCCGCCUACAACGCCCAGCACAUCACCGACCCCCUGUGGAACGCCCACACCCAGCCCCACUGGGCCCAGACCCUCCAGCAGCAGCAGCCCCAGUACAACCCUGCUCCCCAGCAGCAGCAGUGGAGCAUCAACAACAUCCCCGCUGAGACCACCACCCACACCCCCAGGCACUUCCACCCCCCUGGCAAGCUGAGCCUCAGCCGUAGCAACGACGGAUACAGCUACACCUUCAACAAGAACUAAAGAAUUUCUCUCUGCUUAAUUUUUUUUUGUAAAAUUUAAAUUUUAGGAAUUACUUUUUUGCUGUUCCUAAACUGAACUGAGAUGGUCUGACUGCGAAAGGGCGUUUGUGCGCGCGCGUGAUUUUGUAUGCGUGUAAAUAUAUUUUUUGCAAAAAAGCAAAAAAAUGCAACAUAAAAAAUUGUGUAUCCAUUUUUUCUC